AUGAGCAACCUUAAACAGGUAUUCGACAAAGCUGCGGAACACGUGAAAACACUGUCAUCUGUUUCACAGGAUGAUCAAAAGUAUCUCUAUGGUCGCUUCAAGCAGGCAAAGGUCGGAGACUGCAACACUGGAAAGCCGGGAAUACUUAACCCCAAGGAACGCGCCAAAUGGGAAGCCUGGAACUCCCUGAAAGGCAUGAGUGCUGACGAUGCCAUGCGUCAGUACAUUGCCAAAGUGGACUCGUUAGCAGGGUCAUCCUUUGGCUCGGAGGUUCAGUAG